AUGCGUCUGCGACAGAGGAAGACUGUCGGAAGACUGUCGGAAGCCAGUAAUGGCAAGUCAUCGUGCGUCUGCGACAGAGGAAGACUGUCGGAAGCCGGUAAUGGCAAGUCAUCGUGUAGAGGAAAAAAAGAUUAUGGGAGACUGAGAAUCCUGGAUGCAACAGAAAAAGCAAUUCUUGUUCGUGUUAAUGCACGUAGUAUCAAUCUUAAUAUUCAUCAAGAAAUAAACACGCUGUCACUAAACAAGGCAAAAAAUAUCAACUUAGAUAUAAGUGAAGAAGAAGAUCAGGAAGAGGAUAUAAACGAAAUCAGAAUUUUUUAUAAGAAAGGAUAA